UUUUAAACAGAUUCAUGUAACAAAUACAUCAAAGUGGAUGGCAGCAAAUAUGGACAAAUCACAAAGGGAGACAACUGUUGGUGAAAUGAAGAAAAUUUUAGAGGAACUAGAAGAUAAGUGGGGUGAUGAUACAAAAAAAGACAAGACCAAUGUGUACAGGACAUUGAGACACCAUCUGUCUAAAUGUACAAAUCCUUACACUCUGGUCGCUUAUAUUGUAGAAAAAAGCAAAGAUUAUCAUCUGCCAAAGACAUCAACUCUCGCCUAUUGCAUCAUGAAAGAGUUUGACAAUUGGUGCAGUUCAAAAGAAAACAUUCACAAAUAUUCACAGUUUCUUCUCACACAGGAGUUGAAAUUACAUGUGUUACACAUGUGCACUCGCUACCAUAUGACUAUGAUUGGCUUAGCUAUAAAGGCAUUCCAGCUUGACCACCCAGAGAACAGCUUGGUGCCUGUACUGAGGUGCUUUCUGGAGAAACAUAAAUUUAAAGAGGCUGCUGUUUGUGCUGGUAAACUCGGUUUACAGGACCAUUUCUCUGUAGAAGAGAUUGUUUUACCACUGAUCUUACAAGACAAGGUGAACUUGAUAGAAACCUUUUUAAUGGGAAACCCAGGUCAACAGCUGCUAGUUGUACAGAUGCUUGACAGACUUUGUGAUCGAUCUGUCGAUAUGGCCGCCAUUAUCGGUUCGUCAGGUGUGCAAAAUGUGAAACGAGAAAAGAUGCACUGGAAACCUCUAAGUAAGCUGGCCGCCCGCUUGAUGAAGCUGUAUGAUAUUUCUCCAGAUUUGUGCCCAAACAUCAGCAAUGCAAGAGGACUAGGAGCAGUCAAGUACCUGUUGUAUAAAAGAUAUAUAGAGGGAUCAAUGGGAGCUGGAAGCUGGGAAGAAAUGGUGCAGAGUGCCGUUGGUGACAGUGCCUUACUAAAGGAACAAUUAAUAGAACAGCUGAUGUGUUACAAUGAGACGACAGCAGCGGCAAAAUGGGCAGAUCAUUACGAGUUGUCUGACGAAUGUAUUCCUCCAGUGGUGGCCGAACACAGGAAGAGCCUGAAAGAAAACCCUGGCCUUACUACAGAAAAUAUAGAUGGUGAGGACUGGGACGCUGACUGCUAUACUGAUGGUGACAUAAAAACAUCCUGGUAUCCACUGAAGAUCUCCCAGGACGCAAUCACUAUGGUUAACACAAAGGAAAGCUACUCGGCAUGUUUGCAACGACUGUCUCGGCCUGGAACAACUAUAGGAAUUGAUUCAGAAUGGAAACCUGGUUUUGGGAACACAGUUCAAAGAUUGGCCCUGAUGCAGCUGGCUGUUUUAGACCAUAUCUAUCUACUAGACAUCAUUUACCUGUCCCAACAUCUACCGGAGGACGACUGGCAGCAGUUUGUAGCAUGUGUCUUCUGUAAUCCAGCCGUACUCAAACUAGGUUAUGGACUAGACUCAGAUUUUCAGAUGUUUGUUAAGAUGUUUCCCUUCCUGAAAGAAAACCUUUCACAUAUGUGUCGUGUUGUGGAGUUAGAGAAAGUUGCUCAGAAGGUUAUAGAUAAAACGGUAAACCUACUCCCCGAGACGGGACAGUCCGACGAAGAAGAUGCUCCAUUAGAAGACUGUGACAGUGGAGUAAACAUCAAGUUCCCCAAGAAAGAAGCACGUGGUCUUAGUGAAUUAGUGAGACAGACACUUGGGAGGCCUCUUAGUAAAACGGAACAGAUGUCAAAUUGGGAACGGAGACCAUUACGGCCAGCUCAAAUCACUUAUGCAGCAUUGGAUGCCCAUGUUCUACUGGAAGUGUAUGACGAACUGAUCAGACAAGCACAGAAGUUAAAGAUGAACUUUGACAUGGAACCUCCUGUGAGCAUGAAGUGGAUGAAGGCAAGCAAGCGAGACAAGAUGAAGGCAAAGGCUAAAGGUCAAAAGUUUCCAUAUAAAAACAAAUCUCCAAAGACCACCCAGUAUACUUCCCCACACCCUCGGGGAGCAGGCCCCAGUCACCACAUGUCCCCCGGGCAGCUCAAGGUCGUAGUGGACUCCAUGUUACAGGGACUAGGUCGCCAGCUGAGGAGUUGUGGAGUAGAUGUCUACAUCCUAGAGAACCAUGAGGACCAUGACCGAACCAUUGAGAUAUGCAGAAUGCAGAACAGAAUUGUGCUAACCAGCGGAAACCCUUAUAUAAUGGUGCGGUCACAUGUUGGGGAACACAUGUGUUACUGUGUACAGAGUGUGACUGCAAGGGAACAGGUGAUAGAAGUCAUGGAACACUUCGGGGUGAAGGUGAAAACUGAGGACAUCUUCAGUCGCUGUCAGGUGUGUAAUGGUGACCAGUACCUUAAAAUACCACAGAAACAGACCCGGCAAUUAUGGUUCAGGAAGCAACAACAGUCGUCCGUGACAGGGUCCCGGGUCCAGAUGUUGAUGAACAUUGCUAAUCCUAGCUCUAUGUCAGAAGCUGACAUGUUAUGUAUGAAGGAUUUAGCCAGCUAUGGUGUUAACUGGACCAAUGUGUCUGUAGCGGCAAAUGGUGCUCCAAUACAUAUUGAGACAGUACCUGAAGGCAUACUGGAAAAAGUGGACUUAUUUUAUGUGUGUCAGAAAUGUGGUAAGGUUUUCUGGGAAGGUUCGCACUUCACAAAAGUCAAGGAACAAUUUGCACAUGUUUUGACAUUGGGUGAGUGACAAAGGUUUGGAAUCAUCACUGGAGUUCGACUUUGAUCAGUAGGGAAUCACGUGGACAUACCUGUUUGUAUUGUCUUAAUUUUUAAUCAACAAGAACAGGAAUGGUAUUAAAUGUACCAGUGUUCCAAGAACUGCCAUUGUGGUGCAAUAUGAUUCUGACAAGUCUGUGUUAAGUGUCUUUCAAGACAGCAUUUAUGAAUUCAUUGAAUAUAAGCCAACAUAUAAAUAGCAAAGAUGAUAAAAAUAAAAAUUGUGUAAAUAAAUUUUCAAAAAGGAAUCUUAUAUUA